ACAAUGUUUUGAGUGAAAACAGCUUUCAGGAUUGGAUGGGAUACAAGCUUUCAACCCCUAGGGUGGGCUACUUCUUCAACUGCUGCUUUAUCCCUCUGAAGAGAGAAAACAAGAGGGGCCAGAGAGAGAAAGACAGACAGAGAGAGUCCAAGCAAGGCUGGGAUUGAGGACUGCACAAGACAGUGACUCGCCAUGAAUAAAAGCAGUUGGGACUAGCAACCGCUGAAGCUUCCCUCCCCUUCUGCAACGAUGCCAAGAUGGCGACCAAUGAGGGAGACAAGAGUCCACUGUUCCACACUCAUUCUUUUGACCGUAAUGAGUAUACCAUCCAGCUGUUCUUUGGGGCAAGUCUUCCUGAUCAAGCCCAUCGUAACGCUGGAGUCUGUUACAGCCGCUGGAGAAGAACAGACGGACGCUCUUCCGUCCCAGAAGAGAGAAGCGAGACUACGAAAAUUUCGAGAGUUACAUUUCAAACGGAAUGAAGCCCGCAAGCUCAAUCACCAGGAGGUUGUGGAGGAGGACAAGAGACUGAAACUCCCCGCUAACUGGGAGGCUAAGAAAGCCCGGCUGGAGUGGGAGCUCACAGAAGAUCAAAAGAAAAAGGAAUGUGCUGCCAGAGGGGAGGACUAUGACAGAGUGAAACUACUGGAAAUCACUGCUGAUGAUGCAGAGCGGUGGGAGAGGAAGAAGAAGAAGAAGAACCCAGACACAGGAUUUGCAGGUUAUGCCGAGGCCCAAUUCCGACAGUACCAGCGACUCACCAAGCAAAUGAGACCAGACCUGGAAAGCUACGAGAAACAGAGGGAGGAAUAUGGUGAGGACUUCCACCCCACAUCCAAUAGCCUGAUCCACGGCACCCAUGUCCCCACAAAGGACGGCAUUGACCGCAUGGUGGAAGAUGUUGAGAAACAGAUCGAGAAGCGGGCCAAGUACAGCCGACGCAGGGCCUACAACGACGACGCGGACAUCGACUACAUUAACGAGAGGAACGCCAAGUUCAACAAGAAGGCGGAGCGUUUCUACGGCAAAUACACAGCAGAGAUCAAACAAAACUUGGAGAGAGGCACGGCUGUCUAGUGGGUCCAGUCUCCUCAGUGGACGUGUUCACUGCUUCUGUUUUCUCUUCAUGUAGGAGACGUGGAUGCAAUUCACAGUUCUUGCAGAAAAACAGGAAUACAAAAUUUGUAUUAAAAGGUAAAAUGGACUUUGUACUGUCAGGUGUGUUUUUUUUUUUUUUGUUUGUUGUUUUUUCUCCAUCCUAAAGAUAAUUCAAUUAUUUGUAAGAUGUGUAAUGUGUGGUGUUCUUUGUACAGCAUUAGAAGUUAUGAUUAUACUUCUUUAUUUUUAAAUAAACGACUUCCAAUUAUCCGGC